GUGUUCCGCAAAAUUUGGUCGAGCCCUGCCAAUUACCAAGGCGCGCACAAAAAUUGCCCGGUCUCGAUAUCGGCGAACGGCAGCGACACGGAUUCUUUGACGGCACCGGAAUAGCAUCAAAGAACGUCGACCAAAAUGGCAUCGAUCGAGAUCGGAGCGACAAGCUGGCGCCGCGUCCAGGUUGGCCGCGUGCUCAAGCUCGAGAACGGCAGCCUGGCGGCCAUCGUCGAGAUCGUUGACCACAAGCGCGUCCUCGUGGAUGGUCCUUCCUCAGACCCUAAGCUCGCCACUCCCCGCGGCGUUGUCCAGCUCUCCCGGACUCUUCUUACCCCGAUCGUUAUCGAGAAGCUUCCCCGCGGUGCGCGCACGGCGGCCGUUAAGAAGGCGUGGGAGGCCAGCGGUGUGGACGCCAAGUGGAAGGAGAGCAACUGGGCCAAGAAGCAGCUUCAGCAGGAGCGCCGCCAGUCGCUCACCGACUUCGACCGCUUCAAGGUUAUGCGGUUGAAGAAGCAGCGGAGGUUCGAGGAGCGCAAGGCUCUUGCCAAGAUCAGGGCCGCGGCAUAAAGGCAAUCUGCUGCUUUGUGUUGGGGGAGCGUUUUGGUUCGGCAUGGCUUUUCUGGGGGGGAAGGAUGGUAUUCUGGAACGGUCUGCAUGAACAUCAGCAUUCGGGUUGCUGGGUUUAUCUCUGCGUCGCUUUCGGAAGACCUGUAUGUCACAUCGUCAAGGUGACCGGCGUCAUAUGGAAAAUGCGAAAUUGAGCCUAAAAACAGCCAAGACCUACGGGCUGUUGUUGCCCAUGCCACAAGCACAGCGCCGGUUGCGCGCAGCUGUGUGAGCUAUCAGAAUACGAAACCCUGGCGGACGCCGUGGCGACAAAUAUUUCCCUUCCGUUCUGCUUGGGUGUUCUACGCAUGUUUCUUAUUUAGUGAGAGUUUGACAAGUGUGAAACAGGUUGGUCAUUGAAGAUCCAGGCCCAGUUGCGCUGGUCGUUUUGUUAGGGAACUUGAUGAAGACAAUGAUUACCUAAUCGGGACUAGCGUCUGUACCUCUGCAGGUGCCGAACAAGCCCUACCUGAAAAUUGGACCCCGAACAUUUCUUUCCCACCACGACUGACCAGCUCCUUCUAACCCCCGCAUACCCAUUUUAGCGGCAUUUCCUGCAUCAAUGU